AUGAAGUUGUUGUCUAUUUUACUACUCAUUUUAACUUUGUUCUUGUACAAUCAAGUACAAGGUAUAGACUUGAAAUGCGAAGAUGUACCACCUGCUAUGUGGUGCAAAGAUGAUGAAUUGGCUCUGUUGUGCAACGUCAAAGAACAAUGUCAAGAGUACAACAACAAAAACAAAGGCAAAAAGAUGUUGCUUACACUUUUAUACAAAACGCUUUGCCCAUCCUGUAGUCGAUUUAUUAACAACGAACUGCAAUACAUUUAUGACCACUUCAAAAAUAUAGCUGAUAUUGAGCUUGUGCCUUAUGGAAAUGCAUUAAUCAAGCCGGUGAGUAAUAAUUACAAUAAGGCAGGGUAAAGUAAGGUAGGAUAAGAGUAGAUAAUAUAGAGUAGGGCAAUACAUUCCCUAAAAAUGCAUAACCCCAGAUUUCACUAACUCCGGCAAAACACUGUUUUUAGGACGGUAUCAUCGACUGUCAACACGGAGAGCCAGAAUGCAAAGGAAACAAGUACGAAGCUUGUGUGAUCAAUGUUGUUCAAGAUCAUUACCCUCUUAUUGCAUGUAUCGAAAACCAGUUUGCCGGCACAACCGAAGACAUCGAUGUUGCCGCAAAAACUUGUCAUGAUACGCUUAGUACUCCAGAUGAUGUUGUAAAACAAAUUGAGUAAGUUUCAAAACCUACCCUACCCUACCCUUAAUACUGGCUUUAACAAUCUUUUUUUAGAGAAUGCUAUAAUGGCCAACUCGGUGACGAUCUUAUAAAAGCUAAUGCUGCUCGCACGAGUAACAUAGGACCAGUUGAACACGGGGGUGUACCAUGGGUGUUGAUCAAUAAUGCCAGCGUCAGCUUUUACCAAGAGCACAGAUACCUUUUGCCAAUUCUUAUUCAAAAAUGGUACAUCGGAGAGGAAUAA